GUUACAGGAUGACCACUGGGAGUGGGAAGUCGAGAUGUCACAGCUUAAAUACAUUGUCGACUUCUUGUUUCACUUUUCUUUUCCGGAAACCGGCCGAAGAUUGGUUUCGAACAUGUUGCAGUGAACAUGAAUGCUUCUUGGUGGACGCUUGCAUUCCGGCAAUAUUGCUUCUUUCUCAAAAGCUUUCUAACAAUGCAGGGGGAAUACUAGAUAUGUCAAGGGCAUUGGCGAGAUUGAUGAUCAUAUUGAAAGAAGAAAAAUGGGUAUUAAAAGAAUGCGAGGAAGAUAAACUGCUUGAUUUUGUCUGCAGAUUUUGGGACUAUGUUUCGGAGGCGGUAUGUCACGACUGUGUUAGCAUUUUCGAAUCACUGAUGAAAUUGCAUCUUGUAAGAUGUAUGCCUAAUGGUCCUCUUUCUUCAUGGGCUAAAAGUGUUGGAAAAUUCCUGAUUAAUUCACCGUCGUUUUGUCGUGGUCGCUAUCAAUGUAUCCUAGCAUAUAACAAAAUAGUGGCAUCAUUUUCGGAAGGUCUCACGGAGAACUUCUGUAAAGAGUUAUAUACUUCAUUAUCGAACCCAACUUUAAGUGCUGUGGUCAGCAAACUCAUUACUUUUGAUGUUGUCAGGAAUUUCGACAGUUCAGAUCGACUUCAGCUGCACGGUAAUUUAUUACGGGCAUCACUUCAGUCACCAGUAAAAGCAAUUCGCAGUGCUGUUCAAAAACGAUUGCUGCCUGAAUUUUCAAAAAAUCCCCUUAUUUUGGAUUGGAUAGUUGAAGAACUGAAAAUAUUUCAAACUGACAGGGUACAUGAUGUAAUCAGCCUUGAAACAUCACUUUAUAUUGCUAACUUUUGUCUUUUCCACCAGAAAGGGAACGGAAAUCUUCUGGAAUGGACUUCAUUCACUGAUGAAAGAGUAAUAAUUUCUGCGCUAUUAAAUGCCACUACACAGAUUCGUUUAAUGGCUUGGAGUUUGAUUUGUAAUCAUCCCAAGUUGACAGCGUCAAUUCCUACCCGCCAGUUGUUGCUAUGUAAAUGCUUUUUGGCAACGAAUAUGGCCGAACAGUCACCUGCUAUCAGAAUGACAAUAUUAUCUGGUUUGAAAAAGAUAUUAAUUCGAAUUCGUGAAAAUGGCCAAAAUAUUUUGAAAAAUGGUAAUGAUGAAAGCGAAUUGAAACCAUAUGUGGAGUUUAUCUGCUGGUUGCAUAAUUUGUGCUUCCAAAAUUUAGUACAAUACGCAAACUUUAGCAGGCGUAUAAUGGCUCUUCAAAUGCUGGAAUAUCUUUUUCUGGAGAACUACUUAGCUAACGAUAGCAAAGAUAUGUUCUUCAAGUUUUUGUCAUCAAAACUGAAACCAACAGAGGAACAGAUUUGUCGUGUAAUAUGUUGUUUGGAUGACUCAUACCAGCUGUGUCAAAUUUCAGCUCUUCGUUUACUGUGUUCAUCAUUUUUCGAAUUCCACAAUUUUGAUUUUGCUUCAUAUUUCGCAGAAACAAAGCAGCAGUUGUUCUCCAUUCGGUCACUGUCCACACUCACGUCCAGUUAUCGCUUGCGCUUUUAUCUUAAAAAAAACCCCGACAACUUGCAGAAUGUUUUUCAGUAUCUUCUUAAUCUGUGCAAAGAUCGAGUAAAACUCAUCUCGCAGGAUUUUCAAAUGAUAGCAACCAACCAAGGCUUCAUUUAUUCCAUACUAAGUGCAAUCAGUGUAGCACUGGAACUUCUCGAUUUACAGUCUACUCUAAAGAAUGAUUGGUGUGUUACGUUGGUUAACCAUGAUUUGUUACCGAUGUGUUUCCAAAUAAGUGAGUUGGUAGCGCCCGUUGUAAACAGCAUGUCGCCGGAAGGUUUCGUUCCUGAUGAUCAUAUAAAUAUCAUUGUGAAUAUUAAAGACUUCGAUAAAUCGAAGGAAAGUAUAGAUUUCUGUCAGGCCUUACUAGCAAGUUGUUGGCGUUCACACAAAUAUGUUUCUGCAAUAUUUCACAUAAUAAUUACGAAGUGGCUCAGAAAUUCUGUACUUUCUUCUCAAACUGUACAAUGUAUAUGCAACUAUUAUUGGCGACAGCUAACGGAAUGUAAACACUGUGGUGCUGUAGAGGCAGCAGUUGAGGGAUUCGAAGCAUUAUGUGCAAAACUUUGGUCGUUUGCCUUAGCUGGCAGUCCAGAAUUUAUAGAUUUACCUCAGCCAGAGGCUUGGAUUAAGCAAAUUAUUGAUUUAAUUGAUAGCAAAAAGAACGUGUUGUGUGCAACACGUCGAAGUGCUGGUUUGCCACAUUUGAUUGCUUCAAUUCUUGCAAAGGAACCGAUCACAAAUAAUAGACAAUGUCUGAAAACAACGAUGAUAUCUAUACUUGAAAAUAACGGAAGAUCAUAUAAAGCACAAGUUCACAGUAUUAAUAUUAUGAGAGCUGUUUUUCUGAACAGUCACCUAUCAGAAGCAGUUCUACGCUAUAUAGAACCUGCAGUGAACGUUUGUUUCGUUUGUUUUGGUUCUAAUAGUUGGGCAGUACGAAGUGCUGCAUCACAGCUGUUCGCUGCACUGAUUAAUCGGAUGUUUGGUGUUCCUCGAAGCAUACAACUCUCACUUCGUCCACAUGAAAAAAAUCGCUUGAGUUCUUUUGAAUUCUUUACGAGGUUUCCAUCAUUGCAUGAUUUGUUACACCAACAGUUUUAUGAAAACGAAAAAUCCAUUUCGCAGCUGAGAAUGUUCGCUGUUUUGGUUCUUCUCGUCCACCUUUUCCCCUCUCCACGACACACCAACAUUUAUCCACUUUCUACUUAUGUCCUUCCACUUCUAAAAUUUUUACUAUCUUGUCGUGCUAUGAAGCUUCGCGAAUUAUCUGUAGCGGCACUUGUUUCUGUUUGCGAAAUCCAGGUAUGGAAACAUUCGUGUGGAACUUAUAUGUUGCGCCGUUUAUGUUUAUGUAAAGAAAUGAGUACAGUAGUAAUUCCUGUUUUGGAUAGCUAA